AUGACUGAUGACCUUGUUGAAGAUAACCCUGCUUUAGAGGAAUGGUAUUUAAGUAACACUGAAUGGCAUGAAAUUGAGGCUAUUGUUAAAUUACUUGAGCCUAUAGCAAGAGCAACACUAAUUUUAUCAUCGUCAACUU